AUGUACACCGGAGGCUGCCGACCGGACUCGGCCAGGCGCUGUAUACGCGCUUUCAGAACCUGUCGCCGCUCGACCGCGCGACUGCCGCUCCACUCGUGCGCCUUCUCCGAGUUUGACGACUCGCCCGAGGCGUUGGCAAAGUACGACAAGAUCUCGUUUCGUGACCUGUGCACCAAGCUCGGCGUCUCGCGCCGCAUGUACAAGGAAACCUUCGAGCCGAUGAUCCUGACCGGCCUCUUUGCUCCGGGCGAAGAGUGCUCUGCGGCGGCAGCUCUCGGCAUGGCCUACUUCUUCGUGCUCAAGCACCAGACGAGCUUCGACGUUCGGUGGUGCAAGGGCAACAUCGGCGAGAAGAUCUUCCAGCCGUGGGUCGAGCAGAUGAAGGAGCGCGGCGUCCAGUUCCUCCCCUCCACGCGGGUUACCGACUUCGAGUGCGGCUCGGACGGCCGCAUCGAGUGCGUCGUCUGCAGGACGACCGGCGGCAGCCCGCUGGUGCCGGGAGGCACGCCGACCGAAGACGCGAGCGGCGCGCCGGCCGACUCGAAGGUGCGGGUGGAGGCGGACGACGUGGUGCUCGCUGUCGGCGCCGCGGCGCUCAACGGGAUGGUUCGCGGCUCGCGCGCCCUGUCUCAGCACGCGGAGUGGCGGCGGUACGCCAACCACGCCAGCAACAGCGACGCCAUUUACAUGCGGAGUUUCUGGUUUAUUGACGAGCGAUCACGACGGCUGACGCGGUUGCUGACGCGGUUGAUAGAUUGA